AUCUUUCAUUUGUCAGUGUUUGGCCUAUCCGCAAUCAAUGUUUUAAUAUAAAUAUAUUUAAUUAAUGCCGUAUUAUAGUAGAAAUGAAUUAAUGUUCCUUAUUAUCUAUUAGUUAAAAAUUUUAUAAAAUGUUUAAUACAGUUAUCAAUGACGUUGCAUUAGAGUUUCAAAAAAAUAAAUCAAGACCAAUCGAAGAUCACGAUGAAUCAAGCCAAAGCCCUUCAGAUAAAAGAUCCCGAACUAGUAGUCGUAAUGCAAGAGAUAGAAGAGAUACAGACAAAUCAUUAGAUUCAGAUUCUAAUGUUUCUCAAGAUGUAGUACCUAUUUCUAAUGGCCCGGGUGUUGGGGCACCUAAUAUGUGGGGAGGAGUUAUGGGCAUGGGGUUUCCCAUGGUAGGGAUGAAUAUGUUGGUUGACCCUAAUAUGAUGCAAAUGAAUAAUUACGGUAUGAUACCUCCAAUGCUGGCCACCGAUCACAAUAUAAUUCCCCCCGAUACUGCUAUGAUGAUUAACCCGGCAAAAGAAAUAAUUCAUUGUAAAUCGUGUACUCUGUUUCCUCCUAAUCCAAAUGCUCCAUUACCUUCUAUCAGGGAUAGGCCUCCUGGAUGCCGCACUGUAUUUGUAGGAGGCCUACCUGAAAAUAUGACUGAAGAAAUUAUAAUGGAAAUAUUCGAAAGAUGUGGGGAAAUUACAACAUUGCGUUUAAGCAAGAAGAAUUUUUGUCAUUUGAGAUUUGUCUAUGAAGCAUCAGUUGAUGCUGCUAUUUUUCUAUCGGGGUAUAGAGUUAGAAUAGGCUCUAAUACUGAUGCAUGUAAUACAGGUAGACUUCAUGUUGAUUAUGCACAGGCAAGAGAUGAUCAAUAUGAAUGGGAAUGUAGGCAGAGACAAUUGCAGAGAGAGCAGCGACAUAGAGAAAGGAUGGAAGAAGAAAGAUUAAGACCUCCUUCUCCUCCCCCCGUUGUUCAUUAUACUGAUCGUGAAGCUGCAGCUAUUGCUGAAAAAAUCAAACAAGAUGAGACAUUUACCAAAGCUGUACAGACUGUAAUAACCUGGCUGGAAAGGGGGGAUUGUAAUAAGAGGAACUCUAAUAAUUUUUAUUCCAUGAUUCAGUCGACAAAUUCCCAUGUGAGAAGAUUACUUAAUGAAAAAAGUCAAUAUGAAGAGGAAUUGAGGAAAGCCAAAGAAAUAUUGAAGGGGAGAAUGCAGGGUAUACUGUUGCAAUUCGGUCAAAUUGAGAGAUUGUUCUCAGCGGCGUGUCACAAGAAAGUAUGGGACCAUUUCACCAAGGCUCAGAGAAAGAACAUAGAGACUUGGAAAAAGCAGUCAUUGGAAAUAAAAAAUAUUCAAUUAGAAGAAAUUCCCAAAGAAAAAGACGACGACGAAAUGGACGUGUCCGAUGACGAAGAACCGUCGAAAAAGAAACAAAAGACUGAUUUAACCAUCGAAGAAAGAUCGUACAAAGACGAAAACGACAGUUUGAAAUGUCAAAUCGAAGCGUAUAAAAAUGAGGUAGAGGUACUAAAAACUGAUUAUAAAAAAGAUAUGGAAGAAAAAGAAAAACAAUUUAAAAUGCUUCAACAAACUUUACACGGUAUGCAACAACAACUGAUAGAUACGAAGAAGAGACAAAACGAAGAAGAAGCAAAAGUAAAAGAUCUCCAGUUGAAACUUCGGAUCGAAAGAGGAAAACAACUCACCGAUAAAGAAAUAGUUAUAAUCGAUGGUAGUGAUAACGAACAAUGUGAUUCAAUUAGUGUAGGUGAAAGCCCCAGUGAAAGUGUGCAAAAUUUAACGGAAAGCGAUGCUAAAUUAAUUGGAAUAAUCUCAACUUUUUUGAACGUUCAUCCCUUCGGAGCCGGUUUGGAUUACAUUUGGUCGUACGUUAGUAAAAUCGAAUCUAAUCUCCGACCAGCUGAAAUUGAAUCUCUGUUGAGUAGGUUUCCUACGGUGUUUAAACAAGAAUUGUUCGGUAUAGGCGCUAAUAUAGAAAGAAGAUGGAUGUUUAUAGCUUUUAAUGCAGAUUUCGGUGAUAAAAAUUGAUUUAUCGCAAUGUAUUAGUUGAUAUAUUAACAAUAAAUUUGUUUCCACGUU